AAAUCAAUUCUCCGGCAUGAAACAUGCUCAAGAGUGUUAAAGGAGCUCCUCAUACUCCAAAUCUUCAAUUUAAACGGCGAAGAAUUUUGAGGUAAAAGCUUUGAUCCAGAAUCCAGAUAAUGAUGUUAGCAAGGCAAGGUUCUCGUUCUUCUUCCACUGAUAAGGACCUUGUUUUCUAGUACUUUUCCGGAUAGUACCCCACUGUCUCUAUAUUCAUGCGAACCCUUGGAACCCUUCUCCAUUUCCGUCGCUCCUUGUCCACCUCCACCUUCCUUGUCUCUCCAUUCUGUCUCCAAUUUUGCCGUUUCAAUUUCAUGGCUUCCCCCACCUCCACCACCUCCUUGGAGCCUAUCAGCCCAGCCACCACACGGGUUGGAUGGAUUGGAACGGGAGUGAUGGGGCGAUCUAUGUGCUCUCACCUCAUCAAGGCUGGUUAUUCUCUUACUGUCUACAACCGUACCCAGGCCAAGGCCCAACCCCUCCUCGACAUGGGCGCUCGCUACGCUCCCACUCCUGUCGAAGUCGCUUCCCAAUCCGAUGUCGUCUUCUCCAUCGUCGGUUACCCUUCUGACGUUCGUUCCGUCAUGAUCGGCUCCUCUGGAGCCCUCCAGGGUCUUCGCCCUGGUGGCAUCCUCGUCGACAUGACCACCAGCGACCCCUCUCUUGCCGUCGAGAUCUGCGCCGCUGCUUCUGAGAAGGGCUGUCUCUCCGUCGAUGCCCCCGUCUCCGGCGGUGACCGUGGCGCUAAGGCUGGAACUCUGGCUAUCUUCGCCGGAGGAGAUGAAUCGUUGGUUCGUCAUCUCUCGCCUUUGUUCGCUUGCAUGGGAAAGGUGAAUUACAUGGGCGGGCCUGGGAAAGGGCAGUUCGCGAAGCUCGCGAACCAGAUCACGAUUGCGUCGACGAUGGUGGGUUUGGUGGAAGGAAUGAUGUAUGCCCACAAGGCAGGGCUGGAUGUUGGGCUCUACUUGGAUGCCAUUUCUACAGGGGCUGCUGGCUCCAAGUCUUUGGAUUUGUAUGGGAGUAGGAUACUCAAGAGAGAUUUCGAGGCUGGAUUCUUCGUUAAUCACUUUGUGAAGGAUUUAGGUAUCUGUCUGAGGGAAUGCCAGAACAUGGGUCUUGCUCUCCCUGGCUUGGCUCUCGCUCAGCAGCUUUAUCUCUCUCUUCAGGCUCAUGGCGAGGGGAGUUUGGGCACCCAAGGUCUCAUUUUGGCUCUUGAACGCCUCAAUAACAUUUCACUCCAGGCUUCUAUGUGAAUUCUACCGAAAAAAGUAAAGUCUUGUAUGUGAAAUUGUCAACACUGCUUUUUCUUCUGCGCACUGUGUAGAGGGGUAUGGGAGAUGAAUACAUGGAUUGUAUAUCUCUAUCGUGAACAAUAAUCUAAUAAGAUGAGUCUUAAUUGCA